GAUAUUUAUAUAAAUUUUAAUUCAAGUUUUGAAGUUUGAAAUCAAUUGAUCAGCAAAAUUACAGCUGAAGAAGUAGUUCACUGAUGAGUGCCUUAAGACAGGCGCUGAUAAUCGGCGGCUCCCGAGGUAUCGGCUAUUCGGUGGCCCAAAGAUUUGCGAAAAGUGGUUACAAUAUCACUAUUGUCUCGAAAAAUGAAGAUAAUGUUAACAAAAGUGUAAAUCAAUUGAGACAAUGGUCUGAACAGAACAACAACAGUGUUGUUGUCAGUGGACAAGUCUGUGACAUAUCGAGACCCGAAUCCAUUGACAAUUUUGUCAAAAGUUUAGACCAGAGUUUAGGCGCCGUUGAAGUGUUGGUGAAUGCGGCGGCCGUUAAUCGGGAUAAACUACUAAUGAGUACCACUGAAGAUGUUGUCGAUGACAUUAUUGAAACCAAUCUCAAGGGAACCAUAUUUAUGUGUAAAUCAGUUUUAAGACGAAUGGUUAGACAUAAAAAGGGAUCCAUUGUUAACAUUGGUAGUGUUGUAGGACUGACCGGUAAUAGAGGACAAACCAUAUACUCGGCCUCAAAGGCUGGACUCGUCGGGUUUACCAAAUCGUUGGCCAAAGAGGUGGCACCGAUCGGUGUUACUGUUAAUCUAAUAGCACCCGGUUUUGUCAAAACUGAUAUGACAUCCAAUAUAAUAAUAAAUCCGAAACCCGAAGAUCUGAUUCCAAUGAGACGUAUGGGUUCGCCACAAGAGAUUGCCGAAGCCGUCUAUUUUCUGGCCAAUGCUUCCUAUAUUACCGGUGAAGUACUAAUAUGUGACGGAGGACUACAUCUAGUCUUAUAA